CCUCUUGGCCCAGUUCGUCAGUUUAAACACCUCACGACUCGGAAAGUUGAUUAUUUCUCGCCUCGCCAGGUAACACACGAAACAGAUAAUCGCGAGUUGCCGCUACUUCUGGAACUCGUUUUUCUUUUCGACAGCAGCUCACUAGACGCGACCGUUGAGAACCUCCGCGCGCACGACGAAUCCUCUGGCCUCCUACCACCCCCACCUCGAACAUAACAAAAACGGAAAUGUCAACGCUCAGAGAUAUCACCACUUUGGAGGAAUGGGAGGCUCACCAGGCCUCACUCCCGGCCUCAACUCUUCAGAUUAUAUACUUUCAUGCACCAUGGGCGCCACCUUGCGCUCAGAUGGCAACAGUGCUUAAGACCCUGUCAUCCGAAUAUCCAGUAACCGACCCUCUUGCGACCUCAUGGGUAUCCCUCGACGCCGAGGACCUGAGCGACGUGAGCGAGACCUACGACGUCACGGCGGUUCCGUUCGUCGUUCUUUCGCGCGGCGGCAAGGUCCUCGAGUCUAUCAGCGGUAACAGCGCCCAGCGCGUGCGCACUGCGAUCGAAACGCAUACCAGCAGCUCCGGCCCCGGCGCGUCUUCAGCAGGUGCCCCAGUGGCGGCUAGCGACGAGGCCGCCAAGGCCGAGGGUGCACCUCAAGACCCGGAGAAGCAGAAGGAGGAGCUGUUCAAGCGGCUGGCGGAUUUGGUCAAGGCGGCACCGGUCAUGCUGUUCAUGAAGGGCACGCCUAGCGCGCCGCAGUGCGGCUUCUCGAGGCAGCUGGUCGCUCUGCUGAGGGAAAACUCAGUCAAGUACGGUUUCUUCAACAUCCUGGCGGACGACGAGGUCAGGCAAGGCCUCAAAGAAUUCGCCGACUGGCCGACAUACCCACAGCUCUGGAUGGAUGGCGAGCUGGUUGGCGGACUCGAUAUUGUCAAGGAGGAGAUCGGAAACGACCCGGACUUUUUCAAGGCCUAUAGCGUCAAGGCCAGCACAGAUGCUGCGGGCACAUCAUAGAUAGAUGAGCAAUACAACACACGCUAGCCACGAAGCACUUGACAUAAUUCUGACCAGUAGCAUGCGCGCGGAGUGACAGGCUUGGGGAGUAUGACUGUCACUUCAAUCAAGGGGAGCAGGCCACUAUCUAUGAGGAAAGGCAAAAAAAAAAAAAAAAAAAAAAAAAAAAAAAAAAAAAAAAAAAAAAAAGGCAGUCAAAGUUCUUAAUCUCGGUCAGAAUUCUAGACGAGGAAGACGACUUAAAAUAGGUUCGCCUAAAGAUCGGACUGGCUGGAGAACUUGCAAUGCAUGCCUUGCAUGUAUGGCUAGAAAAUAAUUAUUGUUCGGAUUCAUACGAUAUGUUUCUUGCGAUUCUGGGUUGCAUGUGCAGGGAUGGAAGUAUGGAUGUUCAGCCUACCGGGAAUAAGUAGGGGUAUCUAGGUAGGCAUUUGUAUACUGCGUAAGUCGGGAGAUGCCAAGGUGUUGGUUGGGUGCCCACCGUACAUGUAUACUGGUGGCUGUCAAGCAGGGGCUUUCUACAUGCGAUAUUUCGCAUUCAAGCAUUGUCAAUAUCGAGACUUCAUAGGGCUAUAAGGGCUAUUUAGUGCUGGCAAUUCGGCUUGGCACAACGUCAAUCUCGGCCAUCGCCGAAACUGACAAGCAAGCUGCAUUCGUCGUCAGGGACCUUAGGCAAGGGAUGGGUCUUGGCGAAUCGUGCAGCGUCUCCUGCGACAACCACCAACUACCUAGGUACCUACCUAGAUAGGCAAGCGAGGCAAGCUAGGACGUUUACAAUACGGUUGCAUUUACUUCGUAGAAGCACAACGGCAAACAGCGACAGUUGUAACUUGGCUUGUUGGUUGGUUACUGCAUGAAUCAUAUAGGACGUAGUGUACUAGAGGUGGGUUAUAAUAUUA